AUGAGUGGCAGAGUAGCACAGGGCCGCCUGCAGGUCCUCCAGAUCUACCGCCUGCUGCAGUGUGUCCAUGAGAACGAUCGGGUUCAGAUCGAGAAGAUGGUAAACCUCGGGGUGAAAAACCUCAUCAAUCUCACUGAGCCAAAGGACGGCACAGGGGUGCUUCACGUGGCAGUUUCAGCCAACAAUCAGGACCUGGUUAGCUUCCUUCUCUCCCAAGGAGCACGCCCCAACAUCCAGGACAAGAGAGGUCGCACCCCAGUCAUGUUAGCAGCUGAGCUGGGCAACAAUGACAUAGUGAUCCUGCUGGCCAAGAACCACGCUGACCUGACGCUCCAAGAUGCCGAGGGCAAAGGUGUGCUUUUCUACUGUAUUCAUCCCACCAAGCGCCACACCCGCUGCCUGCAAGUGGCGCUGAAGUGCCAGGCGGACGUCAACAAUGUGUCAACACAAGGCGCUCAUGUCUUCCAGCUCAUGUGUGAAAAAGCUAAGGAGUGCACUCCCAUGUGUCUCAUUAUGCUGGAUGGAGGGGCAGACCCCAAUGCAACAAAUCAGAAAACCGGCAUCACAGCCUUGAUGGAGGCAGCCAAAGCCGGCUCCCUGCAGCUCGUUAAAGCCAUUCUCAAAAAAGAAGGAAACCCAAAUGCCCUGGACCGACAACGCUUCACAGCAGUACACUACGCCGCCAUGGGGGGCUUUUUUGAGGUGAUCCAAGUGUUGUCUGCGUACUCGGCUGACAUGGGUGUGAUUAACCUGCAGGAUUGCACAGCAUUACACUACGCUGCUGUCACUGGGGACGCUAACUGCUGCAAAUUCCUGGCACAGAGAGGUUGUAACCCCAAACUGAAGAACCAGGAAGGUUUGCUGCCACGUCAGAUUGCCAAAGACGCCGGUCACAAAGCUGCAGCCAAGGAGCUGAAGAAAGCAGAGAAGCAAGUAGGGAAAGCCAAUAAGUCCGACGAAGUCGGCCCCAUGUCAGAUCUCUGGGCCCUGACCCUCCAUGACUGGUCCAACGAGAUUGAGACUGAUCUGAGGCAAGCCUUCGGGGACAAAUCAGACACGGUUCCAGCAGACACGUUCAUUUCCGUGUUAGAGGAAUUGAAAGCUCCAGUCGAACUGGAUCAGAUCCAAACAGUCAUCUCAACCCACGACAAGGGGAAAGACGGGGGUGUCAGCAUUAACGAUUUCAUCAAAGGUGUCAAGUACAUCAAAAAGCCGUUCCUCCUCUCCUCUUAUGUGCCCAAAAAGAAAAAGGAAAAAGGAGGGAAAGGAGGUAAGAAGAAGGGUAAAUUUGUCCUGCCCAUGCCCAUUUGCACUCUCCCACCGGAGCUCAAGCCCCGGCGACCGGACGGAGGCCCGCCACAAUUCAUGAUCGAGACAUACUACAACGGCUCAGACGUCCGUCGAUUCGACCCCGACCGCCCGCCACAACAUCCCAUAAUGAAUGACUCAGCAUUGUACAUAGAAAAGCCUGAGAAAAUCUAUAUAAAUAUCAACUACUGUGUGAAAAGUGGUGAUCUGGAGUCUCUGGACCUCGCUUUCAGUCAGGGGGUCCCUGUGGAUGUUCAAGAUCAGUUUUACAAGAGCCCGCUGAUGGUGGCAUGCUCCAGCGGAAACUACGAGGUGGCUCAGUACCUUCUGAGUCAUGGGGCGAAUGUGAACGCGUGUGACCAGUUCUUCUGGACGCCCCUCCACCAUGCGGCUCACGCUGGCCAAGUGGAGCUUAUUGAACUUUUGGUGGAGGCUGGAGCUGUCGUCGAUGCCCCUGCCCUCAACGGAGGCACGCCCCUCAUGAGGGCCAUCGAGAGCUCUCGCCCCUCCUGCGUGGACUUCCUCAUCAAAGCGGGUGCCAAUGUGAAUGCAGAGAACAAGAAAGAACAAAACUGCCUCGAUAUCGCCAGAGCUUUUGCAGACUACAGGACAAUUGACUUGGUCAAAGACAAGAUGGAUUCUUUGCCUAAACCAAAGGAGGGAAACAAGGGCAAGGGGGGCAAAACUCAGAAGGCUCUGAGGGUAGCAGGUGGUGCUGUAAUUUCUCCAGGAACUGCAUACACAUCGACUGUAACAGCAGGGAAGACUCCAACUCAAAAGGACUUGAACAGCAUCAUCCUGCGCAACACCAGCAUCACUACUGGGAAAACCAACACUGUGGAUAUCACCUUUGUGCCAAAAACGAUUUGGGGAAAGCCACCAACAACCAGCCAGUUGAUGUCAAAAAUAGAGAGGCGGAAGGAGCUCUUAUCCCUCGAGUUGGACUUUGAUGACUUCAUGAUGCCUUUCAGCCAGAACAUCCAGAGGAAGACGCUGGAGCUAGCAAAAACUACAAAGUAG